UUCUCGUUUCUUUCGCUUCGGGGUUCAGCCGCUCUUCUGCCCGCAUCGGUGCCUGUCGCAUCUCCUCCUCCAGUCGUCGUCGGCGCCACCUGGUCCCUCUGCCGCAGCCUUUUUUCUUCUAUCCAUUUUUAUUGUCGUCAGCCUUGUAGAAGUUUGAUGUGCAACCUUAUGUACUCAGUUGAUACCCCUCAUUAUAUUCUUAUUGUUUAAAGUAUUAACUUAGAAGGGAUUGGCCCGUGGCUCUGAAAUUCACAUCAUAGCAUUCUCCUUGCAAUUAAGGUUUUGAAGGGGGUUGUUUCCCCAUCGAUUAUGUAACUUACAAAAUUUACACUUGCAGUGAGCUACAAUUUUGUGUUUUUAAUUUGCAACUUACCAAUAGAGAAUUUUCUCACAGUUCAUAGUCUUGCGGCACUCCAAUUCCAACAUUGUUUUGGUCAUUAUUGUCUAAAAUGGAGGUUUAAAUAUAAUUUCCUAGUGUAUGGAGGAUCUUGUAUUGUGGUUGGGGUCUUGUCUCUUUUUAUCCAACUUAAUUUUCUAAUUUUAUCAUAUUUUAGAGAGGUAAAAGAUUUUAAAAAGCAUAUUAAAAUUAAUGACAUAUUAGGUUAUUAAUAAAAUCAUCAUUUAAAAUGCAUAUAAAAAUAAUUUCUGAUAUUUGAGUAAGGUAACAAGUUUCUGAAAUUUUAACUAAUUAAUAAAAUUAGUAAGCAUAUUAAAAGGCAUAUAAAAAUAUUUUGUUAUAUAAAAAUAAAAUAAGGGCAAAGUUGGUCAUAUAAAAAUCUCUCCCCUCCCCUUCCCUCCUGAACCAAAUAAGGUAAUAUUAGAACACCUUCCCUCUCUUCCCAUUCAUUAGAACCCCUCCUCUCCUCUUCCCUUCCCUUCCCUUCCCUCCCCUCCACUUCGUUGAACCAAACACACCAUUAAUUUUCUCCUCGUCUUGGGCUCGCACAUCACGAGUCGUCCUCUAAUAAAGUAGAAGAGGAAAGGCAAUGUGAAUGAAGAGAAAGCAGAAGCAAUCUGUAUUCUGUGCCACUGCCUUCGUCAUUCGCUGGCUUCCCCCCAUUCCAAGUGAAGACAUCAUCCCUCACUUUCCUGGAAAAACAAAAAGAGGAAUUUCUGAUUCUGAGAGAAGGAGGUGAAGAAGGUUACAGGCCAACGAGGGCAUAUUUUCCGCUGCAUCAAGGCUUUCCUGUGUCCUUCACUCUAAUUUUCCCGAGAAUUUAUGAGCGGCUUAUUCCUCUUCCUCUCACAUUUUGCAUAGCUCGUCUGAGUUUAAUCAAUUCAUCUAUUCAAGAGCAAAAUGUGGAGAUUUUUACAUAAGAACCGUAAUAUUCUCGCAAGAUGCCACUAUUCUUCUCAUAAAGCAGUGUACUAUAGCAUUGCACAGACCCAAGACACAGUGCAGGAGAUCACAAACAUUCUCAAGCUUGACAAUUGGCACCUUCAUAUGGAUUCCCCAAGCAUCUUAUCCAAGCUGAAUCCGGAUGUAAUCCAAUCUGUCAUACACCAAAACCGUAGGGGUGACCCUCGGCGUCUUCUCAGCUUCUUCCAUUGGUCCGAACAAAAAAUGGGUACACUUCGAGAUUUGGAUACCUUAUGUAUUCUUGUUGUUGCUCUCUGUGAUUCAAAGUUUUAUGGCCCGGCUUCUGACAUAAUUGGCCGUAUGGCACGAGAUUUCAAGCCUCCAUUUGAUAUUUUGGAUUCUAUUGAUGGUUGUUAUCGGGAGGCAAGUAAUCAGAGGUCUGAUUCAGUGGUCUUUGAAAUGUUAAUUGAUAGUUACAGGAAAUUGGGUUUGUUGGAUGAGGCUUCUCAUGUGCUUUUGGAAUCAGAGAGGAUCAAUUUUGUGCCUCGUUUGUUGACUGCCAACUCAUUAUUGAGUGACUUGUUAAAGGCGCGCAAAUUUGAUUUGUUUUGGAAAGUUUGUGAUAAAAUGUCAGCGAUGAAUAUGCCAUUUGAUGCUUACACUUACACAUCUAUAAUUAACGCACACUUCAAGUCUGGUAACACCUGUGAGGGGAAAAGGGUCCUCAGUGAAAUGGUAGAUAAAGGUUGCAGACCUACUAAAGUGACUUAUAAUGUGAUUGUUGAUGGUUUGUGUAAAGCAGGUUUACUUGAUGAAGCAAUGAAAAUUAAAAAAUAUAUGGUUGAGAAUCAGAUGGCCCCGGACAAAUUCACUUAUUUAGCUCUUAUUAAUGGUUUUUGCAUGAAAAAGCACCUCAGUGAAGCAAAAUUAAUUUUAUCAGAAAUGGUUAAUGUGGGAUUGAAGCCUGAUUCUCUCAGCUAUAAUGCUCUCAUUGAUGCUUUUAUGAAGCAAGGUAAUGUGGAAGAGGCUUUUAAAAUGAAGAAUGAAAUGUUAAAAAAUGGUCUCGUUGAAGAUGUGGUCGUAUAUAACACCCUUCUUAAUGGCUUGUCUAAGGCAGGUAGGAUGGAUAGGGCUGGAGAAAUUCUAGAUGAGAUAAAAAGCUUAGGAAUUAGAUUGAACUCAAGAACUUAUACAACUUUGAUUGAGGGAUACUGCAGGAAGGGUGAUAUGGAUACUGCCUUUAAGUUAUUUGAUGAGAUGAAGAAACAAAGCUUGAAACCCUCUGAGAUAACUUACAGUGUUAUUAUUAAUGGGCUUUGCAGAUGUGGUAAGCUUCCUGAGGCUGAUGCUUUCUUGGAGGAAAUGGUCAGAAGUGGUUUAAAACCAAAUGUUGUUAUCUUCACCGCCCUUAUUUCAGCUAAUGCCAAGGAAGGCAGAGUGAAAAAGAUGAGAAAAAUACUGGAGAGCAUGAAAGAGCAGGGGAUCCCGUUAGAUGUCUUCUGCUACAAUUCUAUUAUCGUGGGACUAUGUAGGGCCCAGAAGAUAGAAGAAGCAAAGGUUUAUUUAGAUGAAAUGUUGAAAAGUCAAUUAAAGCCUAAUACGUAUACAUAUGGAGCUUUUAUCCAAGCAUACAGUAAGUCAGGAAACAUGCAGAUGGCUGACUUGAUUUUCAAUGACAUGAUAGAGGAUGGUGUCAUGCCAGAUGACGUAAUUUAUACGCUCUUAAUUGAUGGCCACUGCAAAGCUGGGAAUGUAACAGAAGCCUUCACCAUAUUUAGGAGCAUGCUUGCAAGAGGUGUUUUCCCAGAUGUUAAAACAUACAGUGUGCUCAUUAGUGGUCUUUCAAAGAAUGGAAAAAUGCAAGAAGCAAUGACCCUCUUUUCGGAGCUCAAUAGCAGAGGGUUGGCUCCGGAUGUUUUUACUUAUGGUUCUAUCAUUAAUGGCUUCUGUAAAAAAGGUGAAAUGGAGAAAGCUUUUCAACUUCUUGAAGAAAUGAAUGAAAAAGGCAUAAAACCUGAAAUUGUUAUCUAUAAUGUCUUGAUUGACGGGCUGUGUAAGGCUGGUGAACUUGAAAGGGCUAAGACCUUAUUUGAUGGCCUAUUGGAAUCUGGUUUGGUACCAAAUAUUGUGACAUAUACGACAAUUUUUGAUGGAUACUGCAAGUCUGGAAAUCUGGAUGAGGGUUUACGGUUGGUGAAUGAUAUGACUCAGAAAGGUGUCCAACCUGACAACUUUAUCUACAAUUCCCUUCUCAGUCUAUAUUGCAGAAAGGGUCUUUUAGAAGAGGCUCAAAAUCUACUUGAAGAAAUGUUGCGCCAGGGAAUGGCCUCUACUGUCUCUUACAACAUAUUACUUGAUGGUUUUUGCAAAAAUAAUAAGUUGCAAGGAGCCUAUCAAUUGUGGGAAGAGAUGUCGGAAAAGAAGAUCUCACGCAAUCAUAUCACUUACACAAUUCUGAUUGAUCACCAUUGUAAGGAUCAAAAUAUGGAGAAAGCUAAGCAGCUCUUCAUUGAGAUGCAGGCGAGAGAUCUGAAACCAACCGCUGUAACAUACUCAUCAUUAAUGCAUGGUCACAACUCAGUAGAAAAUAGAGCUGAAGUUCUUGCUCUUUUCGAAGAGAUGGUGGCCAUGGGGAUUGAGCCAGACGUAGUUGCCUAUAAGUUGAUGAUUGAUGUCCACUUAAAGGAAGGGAGGCAUGAAGAAGCCUUGCGUUUGAAGGAUGAGAUGUUGAAGGAGGAUAUACCCGUGACUAUGGAUAUGAAUAGCUGUCUCAGCAGCGUUGUAUGAAAUUUAAAAAUAACGAGCUCGUCAAUUUGCUCAAUGAGGUGAACCAUCUGAGUUUUGCUUUGUGUACAAGAAGGAGCAAGAGACAGUCAUGGGUUUCAAAUUCCACAAGUUCGAGUUAUUUAUUGGGGAUGAAAAUGAUAUGAAACAGAGAGUAUAAAUGACUCCCAAUUAUCUGAGGGAAAUGACUUGGGUACUAAUUAAUGUUUGUACCAACAACAUUGUCAUUCUGUUGCCCGCUCACUGGUAUGAAUCCAUCCUAUCUGGCUGCAUGGAGACCUGAAAGAGCCACGGAUAGACGAGAGCUGUCUAUGCUUUGCAGCAACUGACAGGUUUUCACAAUAAACUGCCUGGAGCUAUGCUUAGGACAACUGCAAAGCUUAUAGGUCAAAGAUAAAAUGAGGUUGUUGAAGGUGUCGUUUUGGAGUAAUCCGACUCAUCCAUCUGGAUCUAUGAGGCUUUGCAUUUGAUGGAUUGAGUGAGCUCAGGAUCAAAAGUAAUUUAUUAUUUUUUGUACAAUUGACAGGUGUUCUCCUAUGUAUGCAAACGAGAAUACAAAAUAAGGCUAUUUUAUGUUCUUUUACAAUGUCAUUAUAUUAUUAUAUGCCGUUAUUAUGUUUGUUAUAA